GUUUUACUUUACUUCCGUCAGUACACUUCAUGAUUUCGUGUACUGACGGAUGUGGUCAUGACGGAUACAUUCUCUAGGUGGCGCUAUUUUGACAUGCCAGAGAAAGGUCACACCAUGUACCUUUCAAUCCAAUUUUUUUUCGAAGACUUCUGCUAUUGAGUCCACAAGGGCUGCUUGCUGCAGUUGCAGUAGAACUGUAGCCUCUCCACCCCACACUGUCGCACAGCCAUGGCGGACAGUGCUAGCGAGAGUGACACCGACGGAGCUGGGAGCAGCUCGGCCACACCGAUGUCAACCUCCGCUUCAAAUUCGAGCAAGCCAAGUAUAGCCAUUUCACAGUUUCGCUUGGAAGAGUUAACGAACCGCCUGGCCUCACUACAACAGGAAAAUAAAGUUUUGAAAAUUGAGCUGGAGACGUUCAAACUGAAGUGCAAGGCGCUACAAGAGGAGAAUCGGGACCUUCGUAAAGCUAGCGUCACCAUUCAAGCCAGAGCUGAGCAGGAGGAGGAGUUCAUCAGCAACACCUUGUUUAAGAAGAUCCAGGCUCUUCAGAAGGAGAAAGAGACACUCGCGGUCAACUAUGAGAAAGAGGAGGAAUUUCUCACCAACGAGUUGUCAAGGAAACUCAUGCAACUGCAGCAUGAGAAGGCCGAGCUGGAACAGCACCUGGAGCAAGAGCAGGAGUUCCAGGUCAACAAGCUGAUGAAGAAGAUCAAGAAGAUGGAGAACGACACCAUCUCCAAGCAGCUCACCCUGGAGCAGCUGAGGCGUGAGAAGAUCGACCUGGAGAACACCCUGGAGCAGGAGCAGGAGGCGCUGGUCAACAGGCUGUGGAAACGCAUGGACAAGCUGGAGGCUGAGAAGAGGAUCCUUCAGGAGAAGCUGGACCAGCCUGUGUCAGCCCCGCCCUCCCCGCGGGACGUCUCCAUGGAGAUCGACUCUCCGGAGAACAUGAUGCGUCACAUCCGCUUCCUGAAGAAUGAGGUGGAGCGUCUGAAGAAGAGCCUCCGUACCACCGAGCUGCAGCACACAGAGAAGCGUGCCCAGUACAUCGAGGAGGAGCGACACAUGCGAGAGGAGAACAUUCGCCUGCAGAGGAAGCUGCAGAGGGAGAUGGAGCGCAGGGAGGCCCUGUGCAGGCAGCUGUCUGAGAGCGAGUCCAGCCUGGAGAUGGACGACGAGAGGUACUUCAACGAGAUGUCGGCUCAAGGCCUGCGUGCCCGGACCGUGUCCAGCCCCAUCCCCUACACCCCUUCCCCCAGCUCCAGCAGGCCCAUAUCGCCCGGAUUGUCCUACGGGGGUCACACGGUGGGCUUCACGCCCCCUGCCACCCUGUCCCGAGCUGGCAUCUCCCACUACAACUCCCCCGCCCUGCACGUCCACGGAGGCUCCGCCCACGCCGUAGCGAGGCCAUCCCCAAGAAGAAGCGCCAGUCCAGACAAGUUCAAGCGUCCGACACCACCCCCCUCCCCCAACACGCACUCAGGGGCGCAACCUCUCCCUCCUCCGGCCCAGCCCAUGGUCCAGUCCAUGUCCUCCCCAGCAGCUAUUUCACAGCACGCCUCACAGCCGCCACCCUCCCACCCCUCCUCCCAGCCUUAACACACGCGUGUACUUCGUCACACCAAGCCACUUGUGCAGCCUGGAAGUUUCAGCUACUCCACACAGCACGUCGGGACGAGCCGGCAGACAAAUGACCCCCGAGGUGAGGCCGAACGGCACACGACUCCGAGGGGAAAGGACUGACUUAAAACGCUGUGCUUUCUGGGAUUUGUAGGCUGUAGUCUGUUCACACCGUCUCGUACGUGUAUGUAUGCGUGUUAGUUUAUUGUUUUGUUUUUUUAUUUUUCGCUUUGGGACACUUGCCGAUUUGGAGUUGUUGUUGUUAUUGUGGGACUGAACAGCUGCACAUAUGAAAAUAAAACUGGUUGGUUUUGGUUGAGUGGAUGGAUGGAUGGGUCUCCAUGCCUACAGGACCAUAUGCGACUGCAGUUAUCCAUCCUUCCACCCUUACGUUUAAAGCAACUUAAGCAAUCACCUCCCAGUAAAAAAAAAAAAACUAUGAAAAUACUGCAAAAGAUAUUGUAAAAGAAAAUAACUUUAGGAGCUACUCCAUUAUAGGGCAUUGAUCUGAGGGAGCGAGCACCAAUAAACCUACUUUUUAAUUGUAUUCAUUCAAGACAUUUCAAUGCCAAUUUCUCGUCAAGGAAAACAGUAUAAACUUAAAGAUGGGUGGACUCUGGUACAUAAACUAUAGAUUGACAUGGCCUUUUCAGGUUCUAAAUAUAUAGCCUGAGGUGUUAAAAAGUUAUGUACUCGUCUCUCUCCAUUUCUCUUUUCUUCCCUCCUGCUCCUACUUGCUCUCUCUCUCUCUGGUGUAAUUCUGGAAGCUUCGGUCGACCCUAUGGAUAUUCCUCAUAAAGAAUCAUAAUGCUCUUUACACACUAAAUAUACAUACUGCUAUAACAUUCUAAAUGAAUGGUACUGUUGAACUACAUUUCUGUAUGAAUAAAAGCUCUUGUGAAGAUCAA